CUGUGCAACCUGGUCCAGACCAUAGGAACUUUCUGAUGCAGAAGUUGAUGCCUUUUUUCGGAGACUUUUAUUGUCAUUAAUUCUCAUACUGCUUUCAAAAGAAUCUUAUCAAAGGUGUAUGCUUCCUGUUGUCUAUAAGAGUGAAUAAAUUAAAGUGUUGUGAUAAAUUUAUUUUUAUUAAACAUUUCAUUUUUUUUUAAUUAGUUUUUUUUUCCAAUAACUCACUUAAUUUUAUUCCAACGAUAAUAAUGUUCGAUCAAUCUUAAUCGAGCUCAUUGCUGAUAAUUGUGAUUUAAAUUUGAUUCAAAAAAUUAAUUUUCAGUUUAAAAAAUUUUUUAAACAACAAAUAGAGAAACAAAUAGUUGUAUUAGUGGUGUAAGUCGAAGUGAAAUAAGUUUUUGACAAUUUAAAAAAAUUGAUAAACUUAUUUUGAGUUCACCUAAAGAUAAAAAAAGUUUGAAAUGAGAAAGUUGAUCAUUAAUUGAUUGUUAUAUAAAUAAACUAAAAUAAUAAACUCGAAAACAAUAGUGAAGUUAAUUCGACUUAAUUCACAUCUCGAGGCUGAGGGGAUUACUGUAAUCUAAUCUAAGAAAGUAAUCAGAUCACCAGUAAUUGGAAACUAUCGAGUUAGACUGCAGUGAUGCCAACGCGAGUGUAAAUCAUCCGGAGGACGCAAUGGGACGGACGCGCGUUGCGCAAAGUGGUGGAAUGCCAAAAAUUCUACUCAUCCUCUUCCCCUUAGUCCUCACGGUGACAGCAGUGCCGAAUGUCAGAUCAGAAUCCGCAACAGGACCUGCCAAUAGUGUGGGUCCACUCCCGGGUGGUUCUUCAUCAUCGGCGUCUUCUGCAUCAUCAUCAUCAUCACUUUCUUCGUCUUCUUCAUCAUCAUCAUCGUCCACUUCAUCUUCAUCAGCAAUUGGCGUUAUUCCCGAGCCAGGUGCUAGUCUAGGUGAUGGAUUGAGUGGAAGUGUCAGUGGACACUCAGUACUGACAUCUAGUUCUAACGGAAAUGGCAGAUGUGAGGACAUCACCAUUCCCAUGUGUCGGGGAAUUGGAUACAACCUGACUGCAAUGCCAAACGAGCUGAAUCAUGAUACGCAAGAUGAAGCAGGUCUAGAAGUCCAUCAAUUUUGGCCGUUGGUGGAAAUCAAGUGCUCUCCAGACCUUAAAUUUUUUCUCUGCUCUAUGUACACACCAAUUUGUCUACCAGAAUAUAGCAAGCCACUUCCGGCAUGUAGGAGUGUUUGUGAACGAGCCAGAGCCGGUUGUGCUCCAUUGAUGCAACAAUAUGGAUUCUCCUGGCCUGAGAGAAUGGCCUGUGAACGUUUACCGAACCAUGGAGACCCGGAAAACUUAUGUAUGGAACAAGAUAAUCAUACAAAUAGUGGUGGAGGUUCAGGAUCAGGUCCAGCUAGCAGUGCUCCUAUACCAGCAGGUCCACCACGACCUACUAGACCAUCGAAGACGUCACAACCAGCCCGGUGUAAGGGAAAAAAUUCAAAAAACUGUCAGCAUCCCCCAGGGGAAAGGACAAGGGAUUGCUUGUGCCGAUGCAAAGCUCCCCUCGUACCCCUGGGGGUCACAAACGCCGGCACAAGCGGCCACGGGGCUCUGGGAAGCAUGCACAUCGUCGGGGUUCCAGUGCCACCAUCAAUCGGAGACAGCCAGAGUCAGGGGGUUGCCGGGGUUCAAAAUUGCGCCCUUCCAUGUCACGGGGUCUUUCUGUCGGCAGAGGAGAGAGGAUUCGCAACCGUGUGGGUAACUCUUUGGAGCGGUCUGUGCGCCGCAAGCACUCUCACCACCGUAAUCACAUUCCUGAUAGACACGCAACGAUUUAAAUACCCAGAAAGACCUAUUGUCUUCUUAUCAGCCUGCUACUUUGUCGUUUCCUUGGGUUACUUGGCCAGAAGUGUUAUGGGUCAUGAAGAAAUCGCCUGUGAUGGACCAGCAUUGAGAUCUGGAACUCAAGGACCAGGAACUUGUGUCACUGUCUUUUUAAUGAUCUACUUCUUCGGUAUGGCAUCAUCAGUGUGGUGGGUGAUUCUUGCCUUCACUUGGUUCCUGGCUGCAGGAUUGAAAUGGGGUAAUGAAGCAAUCGCCUCCUACUCUCAAUACUUUCAUCUUGCUGCUUGGUUAGCACCAACUGCUCAAACUGUUUGGGCUUUACUUGUUGGAGGUAUUGCUGGUGAUCCAGUUGCAGGUGUUUGUACUGUUGCACCAGAAGGUGUUCAAAAAUUCAUCCUCGUUCCUCUUCUAGUCUAUCUGCUACUUGGAACCAGCUUUUUACUUGCUGGUUUCGUUAGUCUCUUCAGGAUACGGAGUGUCAUUAAGAGACAACCUGGUGCCAAGGCUGAUAAACUCGAGAAACUCAUGAUUCGAAUUGGAGUAUUCUCAGUUCUCUAUACUGUUCCUGCCAGUGCUGUCCUUGGAUGUUAUCUCUACGAAUCAACUCAACGAGAUGAAUGGAUUGCACAUCUAGCUUGUCCUUGUAAAAUUCAAUCAAAGCCCAUCUAUUCCAUCCUCAUGCUAAAAUACUUUAUGGCUUUGGCAGUGGGCAUCACCUCUGGUGUUUGGAUUUGGAGUGGUAAAACCUUGGAUUCAUGGCGAAGACUUUGGCGAAGGCUCUUUGGUGGUGGUGUAGCAGCGGGAAAUACUGGAAUGGCAGGAGUGACAGGUGUCAGUGGGAUUGGUAGUGCUAGUAUGAAAGGUGUAGCUCGUGGUAUGAUGCCAGGAUAUGCACCAUCAGGUCCUGGAAGUGCUUUACUUCCACCAGGGAGUGUUGCUAGUGCUUCUCAACAUCAUCUUCAUCACCAUGUUCUCAAGCAACCCCCGCUUUCGCACGUAUGACGUCACCAGUCGGCGGGAGGCGACAUGAAUUCGGCCGGCUGUGAACAGCCUCAAAAUCAACUUCAACACGAGAGGCCUUCCGCCCUGAGCAACUAUGGACCCAUUUAGCCCUUCGCCAGCGCCUCGCGGAGGCACACGCCAGCACAUACGGCACCACAUACGCCACAUAGCGCUGCCACGAUUUAUUCUAGAAGGUCCCUGGCAUCAACUACUGGGCCUCUGACUCCAGCCCACGGUCUUGCGCCUUCCUACACUCAAGCUACUGAUGUCUAAUCAAUGACUGACACCAUAGGGUGGGUUUGUGAUCCGUGAUUGGACACUUUGCCAUAAAUUUUUGCCGCAUAUACGUAUAUAAUAAAAAAAUAAACAGGGAAUCAAUUAAAUCUCUGUUUAAAUUAUCGAGUCAAUGUAGCAGUGAUGUUUAUUUUUUAUUUUUUAAUGUUUUUUUAUUUUUAUUUUUAAUUUUAUUACGCCGGGGAAAGUUCACCGUCCGUGACUACGCAAAGCAGAACUGCACGUCGUUUCGCAGACAGUCUCUGGCUAGUGAGUUUGUGUAUUUGUGAAAACGAAUGUUUGUACAUGAGGGAGAGUGAGAGGAAGAGAAGUGAAGUGAAGAAAAAAAUGAUUUUAAAACAAAAAAGAAAAAAAAAUAGAAAUAUUUUCUUCAGCUAAGGUUUCUCCUUUUUCUCCUUUAUCUCUUACUUGUCUAGCUCGAGUGUGCAUGUCCGUCUUUAAUAUUAUGUAUUCUCACUCUUGUCUAAUUAUCUACUAGCCAUUUCUGAAUAAGUACUGAUUAGAGUCGUUGCAAUGUAUCUCUUUCAC